AUGACAUUUUUACCAGUUGGUGCAUCGAUAUUUGCUAGCAAUAUUGGUAGUGUACAUUUUAUUGGUCUUGCAGGUAGUGGAGCAAGUAAUGGAAUUGGUGUAGCUGGUUUCGAAUUAAGCGCUAUUUACGUAUUAAUGAUUCUCGGUUGGAUAUUUUUACCUGUGUAUAUCAAAGCUGAUGUUUAUACAAUGCCAGAAUUUAUAAAGAAAAGAUUUGGUGGUGAUCGAAUACGUUUUUAUCUUACGAUUCUUUCUUUAAUACUUUCUAUAUUUACAAAAAUAUCUGUUGAUCUUUAUUCUGGUGCUAUAUUUCUUAAUCAAGCGCUUGGUUGGAAUAUGUAUGUAUCAAUUAUAGCUCUUAUUUUUGUUGCUGCUAUAUUUACUAUUGGUGGAGGAUUAUCAGCUGUAAUUUGGACAGAUUUUAUUCAAACAAUUAUUAUGAUUAUUUCUGCUUUUAUUCUUAUGAUUAUAUGUUGUGUUAAAGUUGGUGGCAUACAAUUAAUUAAAGAACUUUAUCCAUAUGCUGUUGCUAAUACAACUUUAUUUUCGAAUAUUACUUGUGGUAUUCCACCGAAUGAUUAUUUAAGUCUUAUUCGACCACUUAAUUCCGCUGAUGGUCCACCAUGGGUAGGAAUUAUUGGUAUGAUCACUUUAAGUAUUUGGUACUUUUGUAGUGAUCAAGUUCUUGUUCAACGAGCACUUGCUGCUAAAAAUUUAAUCCAUGCUCAAGCUGGUUGUAUAGUUGCUGGUUAUUUAAAAUUUCUACCUCUUUUUAUUAUGAUUAUUCCUGGUAUGGUUGCACGAAUACUUUUUCCAGAUUUAAUUGGUUGUUCAACUCCAGACUCAUGUCAAGAAAUAUGUGGAAAUAAAGCAUCAUGUACUGAUAUUGCUUAUCCAUUAAUUGUUAUUAGAUUAAUGCCGAAUGGUUUACGUGGUCUUAUGUUUGCUUGUAUGAUCGCAGCAUUGAUGUCAUCAUUAACAUCAAUAUUUAAUUCUUCAUCAACUAUAUUUACAAUUGAUAUUUGGCAACGUUUUCGUUCAAAAGCACCACAAUGGGAAUUACUAAUUGUUGGAAGAGCAGUAAUAAGUUUUCUUGCACCACCAAUUUCUGCUAUUUAUCUUUUAGCAAUUUUAUGGAAAAGAAUUAAUGAAGAAGGUGCGUUUUGGGGUUUAAUAUGUGGUUUAGUUAUUGGUUUAAUACGUUUUAUAUGGGAAUUUUCAUAUUCAGUACCACCAUGUUUACUAUCAGCAACAGAUCGACGUCCAGAAGCAGUCAAAUUUCAUUUUCUAUUUUUUGCUAUUUUACUUUUUAUUUUAACGUGUUUGGUUGCAAUAACUGUCAGUCUUCUUACUCGACCCAUACCUGAACAAUGUUUACAUGGUUUAACUUUAUUUGAUUUGGAUAACCCACUGAAACCAAUACCAAUACCAACAAAACCUGGUCGAUGGCAUAAAGCAGAUACAGCAUUUGAAGAAAAACAUAUUCGACCAAAAUCAUCUGUUCAUCCGAUAUCACGUGCUCAAUCUGCUGCUGAUUUGCGAAGAAAUAGUCUUCUUUAUCCAGAUCCAUCAAAUAAAAAUUGCACAUAUUAUUUAAAAGUUGCUUUCACAUGGAUAUGUGGUAUUGAGCAUCAAGGUGAAGAUGAUUAUAAAGCAGCAGUUAUACCAGUAAUGUCAUCAUUAACACCGAACGAGCCAUUUUGGAAACAUGUAUGCAAUAUAAAUGGUGUUGUCAUUUUAGCUUUUUGCGCUUUUAUUUGGGCAUUCUUUACCGAUUAUCGUAUUGAUAAAAUGCAUAGAAAUGCUUGAAUAUAAAAUUAUAUUGAUUGAACGAUAGAUUUUUUCUGAGUUUUCUCCUUUUCUAUGAUACAUAUAUAUGCAUAAAAUAAUUUUUUGCUUUGUACAAUACUUAUUGUAUAUCGAUUCCAUCGAUUAUGUGUAUAUGCUUACAAUAUGUAAGUAGAAACCAAGCUAUUACACGAUGCAUUUGGUUCAUUGCUGUUGAUUGAGUUGUGGUAUUUGACUUUUGAUUGAUAUUCUGAAUAUUUAUCGUGAUCCUUCGUGUAUAUUUGAUUGAAUGGUAGGAGUUUGUGUUCGAUGCUAAAUGGUUCGGUAUUUCGUUGUGACGAUGGUUUUUUUUUUGAGUUUCACAGGCAAGUCGUUUCCAUUGCUCCGUUGAUUCAUUAUGUUCAUAUAGGAAGAAAGUCACUUCUUUGAACUUGACGAUAGUUUCUGAUUUAUUGUAUUGCAUGAUGAACAUAAUCAAUAAUGAAUAGGAAUCAGUGAUUUUCAAAAUGAUCUUUUGCUUAAAAUAACGGAAACAUUUGUUGAGAAGGCUAGAAUAUACAGUGGAUGUGAGG